UUUCCCAACAGCGCCGGCCCCAAAGGAGACAACAUCUACGAGUGGAGGUCGACCAUCCUGGGACCGCCGGGCUCCGUGUACGAGGGAGGCGUCUUCUUCCUGGACAUCGCCUUCACGCCAGACUACCCCUUCAAACCCCCUAAGGUAACAUUUCGUACGAGGAUCUAUCACUGCAACAUCAACAGUCAGGGCGUGAUCUGUCUGGACAUCCUGAAGGACAACUGGAGUCCCGCCCUCACCAUCUCCAAGGUGUUGCUGUCCAUCUGCUCCCUGCUCACAGACUGUAACCCAGCCGACCCUCUGGUGGGAAGCAUCGCCACACAGUACCUGACCAACAGAACAGAGCAUGACAGAAUAGCCAAACAAUGGACGAAGAGAUACGCCACAUAGACUCCCCCACCGCAAACCAUCCCCUUCUUGACCUCCUCUCAUCCCCUCCGCCCCUCCACCCUCCACUGCACCUCUCUCUACCUCUCUCUCACCCUUACAGCCGAAACACACCAGGCACGGACGCGCCGCCACACGUCUGCAUUAUACAUUAUAAUCAUCUGAAGCUGCUACACUGACCAAGGGAGCUCUUCUCUGUUUUUCUACAUAACUAGUCUAUUUUUCUUUUCUUUUUCUUCUUUCUCUCUACACACUGCUCCACAGCCCUCCGACAGGUAAAAACUACAUGAAACUGUGUAAAAAAAAAAAAAAAAGAGUACAAUCUGUAUAAAAGUGAUUUAAAUAAAAAAUACCUCAUUGUACCAGAGGCAACGCGACGCAGCAGUGCAACCAUGUGGAUUUUUCUGUCAUCACACAUUACAAUAAAUCAAUCAAAUCAGUGUCUAUCUAUGUAUGAUCUCGUACUUAAAACGAUCUAGUUAAUUAAUUCAGUUCCAGUUUAACAUUUCCAACGCUUCCGAACGCUGCGUUAUCGCUCGGCUGAUGCACAACCACGCGCCACAAAGACGGCAGCGUCUGUGUAGCAGCUGAACAGCGUCGCGUCCGUGCCUCGAGUAUUUUCAGCCGUUUGUCUGUCAAAGCACACUCACUAAGUGCAACGGUAUUCCUGCUCCCCCUCCUCCUCUUCCUGUUACCCCUCCUUCUUCUCCUCCUCCACCUUCUCUUCCUCUUAUUCCUCCUCCCCCAACAUUUUAUCUACCUUUACUGUGUAAUAAAAAAACCCUUUAAAAAAACACACAAAAAAUCAAACAAAACAUAAAAAAAAAAAAAAAAGUCCUUUUGUUCCUUGUUGACUUGAAAGCUUCUUUUUUAUACAAAGAGUAGAUUGGGAUUUUUAUUUUCCAAUGUCUGAAUGUUGGAAGUAUUGUAUUGGAAAAAAAACAAAACAAAAAACACAGAAUAUUAUAACUAUCAUACGCAUUGUCCUCCAGCUAUACAGUAUGUAUUCUCAUUUUCUUAGUGGCACCUGGAACAAACAUGCAGAAUAUAUGCUUUUAGUUUUUUUCCCUUUUUUUUAAAUUUUAUUUUAUUAUUAUUGUUAUUUUAUUUUUAUUUUUUUUUGUAUUUGUCAUCUGUAUAUUAUCUGCAUGGAACAGGAAGCAUCAAUGGAUCCGUCAUGCUUUUUAACUUUCUCUGAUUUUGUUUGUACUGUAUGUAUUUUUUCAAAGGCUUUUGAGGCAGACCACAAAAGUAUAGGUCUGCCUGUGAAAGAGGCAGGACUUGUAUAUUUACUGGCUACCCGCCACCUCUGCAAUUGCAGAGUGGUUUGUUGUGCACUUGUAUUACUGAAGCACCCAAUAAAACACACUGUGGUUGGCUUGUGAGAAAAAAAAACAACAAAAAAAACAUGUGUGGCUCUUUCUUGCGCUUUAUGUUCGACCCCAACUUCUACAUGGGUCAAUGAUGUUGUUUUUGUGUCCAUGUGGUUUAGUCAAAUUCAAAAGGGGGUAAAAUAUGAAAAUAAACGUAUG